AUGCAACGGUGGUCUGCGCUCACCAGUGCCAUUACGGCAGCUGGACGGCAACUGCGCUGGCAGGAUGCUGUCGCCAUCAUUGCACGGGUCCGCGAGCCAAACAGGAUACUCUACAACGCAGCGAUCGCAGCCUGCGGCCGCUCCUUUGCUUGGCCCGCGUCCUUGGCACUUCUCUCCGAGUUGAGGCAGGUGCAGCAGCCGGACGUGAAGAGCUUUGGCGCAGCAGCACUAGCCUUGCAGAGGCAGCCUGGUCUUCAAGCCCAGCUUUUGCUGCUCAUGGCCGAGGAGCGCAUUUCUCCCGAUGUGACGGUCUGCAGCACGGCAGCAACAUCCUGGGAGCGGGCUUCAUCUUGGGAGGCCGCCUUGGAUCUCCUCGCUUCCGUUGAGCUCAGAGAUCUGGACACCGUGGCAGCAGGAACCCUUGCCAGUACGCUUGCAAAAGGCGCCUGCUGGUCGCAGGCGCUUGUGCUCGUGGCUGCGACUAACGCGAAUGUUGUGGUGAUGGGGGCAGUAGUCAGUGCUUGCGAGCGAGCUCAUCGUUGGACGGCUGCCCUGGAGCUCCUGGAGCGGAUGUUUCAGCAGGGGCCUUGGCCGGACACUGUCGUGUUGGACUCCGUGCUGCGUGCUUGUGGCCGAGGUCUCGCUUGGGAAGCAGUGCUGAGUCUUUUCGCCAGCAUGCCAAGCCAGUUCCUUUCUCCCGGUGCCACAGGCUUUAGUGCAGUGUCUCUGGCUCUGGGCUGUGGGCGGCAAUGGAUAAAAAUGCUGGACAUGCUCGAGGUUAUGUCGCAACAACGGAUGACUGCCGACGUCCCUUCUCUCUCAAUGGGUCUCGAGGAAGCCGAGCAGCGUCAUGCGCAAGCCGAAGGUGCUGCGGUGUGGCCUACUCGUAGGCAUUUCUUCGGAUGCUCCGAAGAGGAAUUGGCGGCCAGGGACGCAGCGAUGGCCUCCGGUCGAGCUUCCUAUGAGCGGGCCCGGGAGAAGGAAAUGUCGCUGGGGCCUCCACUAGGCCGGAAAGUGUAUGUGUCGAAUUUGAGAAGCAAAGAUGGAAGAACGCGGGUCCCAAAGUUGACAAUAACAGACUCCACCGGGCAAAAGUUCAUGACCUUGACCAAGCGCGACUUUGAGCAGUUAAUGAGCUGGAAGCCAGAAAUCCAGCAGGAGAUGGUCAAGUACGAGAAGAAGCUGACAUAA